AUGGCAGUUUCACGCACAUUUUAUCAUAUAUUACAUUCAUUUUUAAAGAUGAUAAAAUCACAACUGCUAAAAGCAGGAUUUUCGCUAUCUAACUAUUUUCAGACGGCAUUUCUUGACGAAACUAGGCAAGAUGUGUCAUAUCCAGGUGAUUUUGAUAGUAAUCAACAAAUACAGGAUACUAGACUGCCUACAUUGUUACGGCCUAUCUUUGACUCAUUUAGACCGUAUUUUAAGCUAACAUAUCCGGAAAUUUUGAAUAAUGUGCGAUGCUUGGUAUUACCUGUUGGUAAGGUUAAACAUCUGGUCCCUGAUUUGUACAUACCAACUGUUUCUAUAGUAACAUUUAUACUGAUAAAUUCAAUAUUGUCAUGUACAAAUUCUUCCGGAACAACAACAUUUGGAGAUGCCCUGUCGCGUUCUCUUUACAGGGUUAUAUUUGUACACCUCGGUGAAAUUACUCUAUUGACAAUUCUUUUGUAUUUUAUAUCAUCUGGAGGUUAUUCUAAACCGAUUUCUGGCAAUUUUUUGCAACAAAGUAACCAAAACUUUCACGGUAAUCUGCAUCAACCAGCCAGUAGCACACAGCCAUAUGGAGUCACGCAAUUUACGGAAGAGAGUUCUAUAAUGAAACAAUCUAAUUUUCAAAAGGCUUCAAUCAAAUUGCCGGAAAAAUUAUUCAUAGUAGGAUAUAAAUACUUACUGAUAGACAAUUUUCUAAUCGCAGCAUCAAUUAUACCCCUCAAGAUGGGCAAAAUCGUACUGAUCAUAUAUGUGUGCGCUUCCGCACUGAUCUUCUCAUUGAGAUCCAUAAAAUCUCUAGGGAACACUUCGAAUCCUCUCAUAUUUGUGUUCCCAGUUUUGCAACCCCUUUUCUUCUAUAUACUAUUACCCAAGUAA